AUGGUUUCAAUUUCUAAAGACCGUGCACGAGAUCGUUCUGUGACAAUGACCGAGGAGGAGUACUACGACGGCUCCCGGAUCUUCUUCUGGCUCACUGAUUUCGUCGACUUGUCCAUCGACCAGGUGAACUUCCUAGUGACGCAGUUCACGGCACUGGUGCUGGCUGGAUUUUUGCGAACGUUUCUCAGCCCACGCGCCGUAACGGCAGCCACCAGACAUGUGUUUGGUCUCGUCAUCGGCCUCGCGCUUGGAUAUUUCUGCUUCGGCAGACAGGCGAUACACCUCGCAGGCCUCCCUGCGAUAUGUUACAUAGCCAUGCGCACGCAAGAUCCCCGCUACAUACAGAGGUAAAUGUUUGCCGUUUCGACGCUGGGAUGGUCGGAUUUUGUCAACAUUUACCACCGACAGAUGUACAGCUACGCCUCGUACACUCUCGACAUCACCGGGCCACUUAUGGUGAUAACGCAGAAGGUAACCAGCCUCGCAUUCAGCGUGCACGACGGAUUAACGCGAACCGAUGAGGAACUCACGCCGACGCAGCGUCAUCAAGCCGUAAAAAAGAUGCCGACGACGUUAGAGUACUUCAGCUACGUCUUCCACUUUCAAGCGUUGAUGGCCGGACCGGUGAUAUUUUAUCGCGAUUACAUCGAUUUCAUUCACGGACGUAAUUUGUCCGGAUCGAAAGCUCUAACGGGCUGCGACAAAAAUACCGGUCCGUACGGCGAAAUAGUCUUGGAACCAUCUCCGACGCAGGUUGUAAUAAAAAAGGUCGUCGUGAGCUUACUGUGCGCCGCUAUGUUCGUCACUUUCAUUCCGGCGUACCCGAUCUCAAAGCUGAAAGAUGAUGACUUCCUAAAGAACACGACGGCGUUCUCCAAGAUGUGGUUCUUGAUGGUAGCCACCAUGCUCGUUCGUUUCAAGUAUUACCACGCUUGGAUAUUCGCCGAUGCGAUCUGCAAUAACUCCGGCCUUGGGUUCAGUGGGUAUGAUGCCAACGGUGAACCCAAGUGGGAUUUGAUAUCCAACGUCGACGUUUACGGUUUCGAGAUGUCUCUCAACCUGAGAGACAGCAUCGAACACUGGAACAAGGGGACGAACAGGUGGCUUAGGUCGGUCAUGUACGAUAGAGUGAAGCACGAUAAAGUUGCGUUAACAUACGCCCUGUCCGCCCUGUGGCACGGUUUCUACCCCGGUUACUAUUUAACGUUCGCCAACGGAGCGUUCUUCACCGUUGUGUCGCGCAUUGGUCGCCGUAAAGUACGACCGCAUUUCUUAGGAUCCAAGCGAAUGAAGUUCCUCUACGAUGCACUUACGUUCAUGGCGACGCGAGUCUUAAUGGCCUACAUGACGUUCAGCUUCAUACUCUUGGAGCUGUUACCAAGUCUCAAUGUGUACCUGUAUUUCUAUCUGUUUCCACACGUGAUCGGUUUAGCUAUAAUAGCGUUAGCACCGCGUCUUCCGAAAGUCCCGGCGUACAAGAAAAGAAGCGAAGAGGAGUCGAAGGUGUCUCAGGAAUUGACGAACGGAACCGUGCGCAAUUCCAUGUGAAAUCCUGUUGGACGCGGGCGAACGAGAAAAUAAACGAGUGAUGAGAGAUAAAUAUUUUUUACGAACGUUUUAACGCGCAUACAAAUAUUAUGUACAUAUUAUAUACACGCACACGUACAUAUUAUAUUAUAUAUACGAAUAUUGAUAUUUACUGUUGCGACGUGUUACUGGUACAAAUUCUAUGUCGAGCGUGAAAAAAGUCUGUUUUCUAUACGGAACGUGAACGAGUAAUCCUCCGACCGCGGAUUUCGCGCGUUUACACGAAAGCGGAAUGCUGCGUGGUAGUCUACUAAAUUAUCCCGAAUAUCAAUAGCUGAACGCUUGCUUCAAUGUUUUUUAACGACUACCUACGAUUUACGAUUUUCAUCCGAUGUCACGAACGUUGUUUAAAAAUCCGCAGUCUGGCAAUCGUACAUUUCUGAGCAUACGCACAAUUCGGAAUCGUUUCAGAUUUCACGAUGAACGACGCGCGCAAUUCAAACUGCUGUUUAUGCAUUUAUGCAAGAUUUCGAUUCGUAGAAAACUGAGUGCGUAUAGUGUACCAGUGCGUGGAGUGGACCAUUGAACUAUAUAAAACAUCUGAUCAAUGUGAACGAAUGGGUGGGGGGUAGGGGAUAUUCGUCGACAAAGAGGAACCGUGAAGGAAUUUCUAGGUGUAUAAUGCAUGUUUGCUGAACUCAGACGCGUGAAGCACAUGAUUGCGUAAUAUUUUCGAGUUGUUGACAAUGUUAUAGAUUCAAGUGAUUCGAUCGAAUAUCAAACUUCUAUCCCCACCAUAGCUAAAUUUACUGUAAGUUAAUACAAAUAGAGACAGGGACUAUAAAAGAAAGGAUAAAGAUUCCUCUAGAGAUUCUCGCUUCUUUGAGCUACUUUUCUAUCCUUACGACUUCUGACAACCGCGUACACUACAGAUGUUUUAUAUAGCUCAAUGGCGUGGAAGAAAUAUAUAAGGCUAGAGUAAUGUAUGUCGUUGCGAGUGAAAUUUCUAUUUAGACUCCAUUUUACCUUGAUCGAUCUUCACAGGACUUUACGGGCUCCUUCGACGUCACGCACCACUCCUUCCGGGUUCUCUCUGCACGGUGUUUAUCGUGUGAAUAAAAAAGAUCGAUGAAUCGUAACGUCUUCGUUACGGCUUCGAUUCUAAGCCACUUUUGCAGUUUUAUAUUUUAGUAUUAUCGCGAAUCGAUUGAAAUAUAUCUAUUGCGAUCGUGAUUCCAUUGAAGUAAAUUCAGAUGUUUACGAGACGUUGAUGUUUCAUUCGAAUAUUUGGAAGUAUAUUAAACACGGCGAUGUUACGUGAGUAUGAUGUUACAAGUUUGUCACAAAGCGUCUUCUCAGUUUUACGAAUUUUAAAUUCUCUCCUGUAUUUUAAACAAACCAAAGAUUCUAAUUCUCCGACGAUGUGCGAUACGAAUAUUGUAUACCCCGAAUAAACAUUUUUACAUUCUA